AUGGAUGACCUGCUACUACAGUACCACAAUCUGGUGAACGACGGAGAAGAGAUGGGUUUUCUCGACGACGAAGAAGACACGAGGAUGCUAGCAGCUACCCUCGUCACUGGAAUAGAGCUAGCUCAACUUGAUCGUGUCAAAACCCGGAACCCUAAGCGACUGUACCUUUGUCGUGCCCACUUACUUCCUGACCCACAUCGAAAACUUCAGCUGAAAACUUCGCCAGGGACCUCAGGGAUGGGACUGCGUAUAUUGGAAAAUGCGGACCUCAAGUCUUGGAUUAGUCAGCAGAUAGCUUAG